CAACAUGCUAAACCACCAUCUAAUGCAACUGAACAUUCGUUACAGAGGGUAUUGACAUUAGUUCAACCUCAACCUCAGGCUUUAAGAAGCACUCAUAUUGCUAUACCUACAAAUAUUUAUAAAUAA